CUCAAAUCCAAAGAUUCCUCACUUCCUUCUCCUUCUAUAAAUGCUUUCUAUCAGUUACCACUUCUAUACCUCAACCUAAUAACCCUCUCUUUUCUCCAAAUUGUUCUUCUUAUUCAUCUUGAAUCACCACCAUCCAAGAAUCUCACCAUGGAAGCCAAGGCGCUUCAGCCAAACCCACCUGUGAGAACCCAAAAGCUUUUUCUUGGUGCCCAAAUUUGCUUGAGGACUGUUGCCAUGGCUACUACAUUAGCUGCAACAUGGAUCAUGGUCACAAGCAAAGAGUCCACAGAGAUUGUUGGCAUAACCUUUGAUGCUAGAUAUAGCUACUCAUCUGCCUUCAAGUUCUUGGCUUUUGCAAAUGCUGUUGUCAGUGCCUGUUGUUUAGUGUCCUUGCUCCUUGUUUUCCUUCUCCAUCUCCAAGGCUCAAAUCCCAAUCACUACUUCCUCUUGUUCCUCCAUGAUUUGUUCAUCAUGUGCUUGGUGCUUGCUGGAUGCGCGGCUGCAACGGCGAUAGGGUUCGUGGGGCGGUAUGGGAACAGCCACACCGGUUGGACUCCGAUUUGUGAUCACUUUGGGAAGUUCUGUCACAGAGUGUUAAUAUCUGUGAUUCUGUCCUACUUGUCCCUCAUAAUUUUGCUGAUGCUUACUGUCAGCUCAGCAAUCAAGUCUAGACAGAUUCCGGUAGUUUAGAAGUACUACCUACUAGUUGUAAUUCGGCUGCUGUUGUAGUUUCUUGUUGUUGUAGAAGAAGUUUUCAAUUUUCUUUUAAGGCUAUGUUGUAUUGCAGAAGAAGCAUUUUAUGAAAUGUAGGUCUUCCUUCAUGGUAUUAUUAGUGCUAAUA